AGGGAGAUGCAAACCUAAUGUUUACUGUAAAAUCAAACUGAGGUUCGUCUAUUACAUGCGACGGCGAGGUGGUAACUACACUUGACUUAUUUACAGAAAAGAGUAAAUAUUAAGGGUACUUGUACAGUUUAAAUCACAAAUGGUGAAGGCAGGAGUAGCAUAUCCUAUGACAAGCCUGCAGCAGUACAAAUAAAAACUGUGUCCAAACUCAGACUCUGGACCCCGCAUAUUCCAGCAGUGUACCAUGGUUAUGAAAGCAUCAAUAGAAGAAGAUGACUCUGGAUGGGACCUCAACAUCCCUGAGAAGAUGGAGAAAAAUAAUGCUAACUGGGUGGAUAUUACACGUGAAUUCAAAGAUGCUUGUAAUGAGCUGAAGCUGGGAGAACUGCUCCAUGACAAGCUGAUGGAGCUAUAAAAAUAAAGGAUUUGACUUUUCCUGAGCACGUUGGAAUAAUGGACACCUGCUUUUGUUGUCUGAUAACGUGGCUAGAAGGUCACUCUCUAGCUCAGACUGUGUUUACAUGUCUCUACGUUCAUAAUCCUGAUUUAAUAGAAGAUCCUGCAAUGAAGGCCUUUGCAUUAGGGAUCCUGAAAAUCUGUGAUAUUGCCAGGGAAAAAGUGAACAAAGCCGCUGUUUUUGAAGAGGAGGAUUUUCAGUCCAUGACCUAUGGUUUUAAAAUGGCUACCAAUGUUACAGAUGUGCGAGUUACAGGUAUGCUUAAAGAUGUAGAAGAAGAUUUACAGAGACGUGUCAAGAGUACUAGAAGUAGACAAGGAGAAGAGAGAGAUCCUGAAGUUGAACUUGAGCACCAGCAUUGCUUGGCAGUGUUUAGCAGAGUGAAGUUUACCCGAUUACUGCUGACAGCUUUGAUAGCCUUCACGAAAAAAGAGACAAGUGCAGUAGCUGAAGCUCAAAAGCUAAUGAUUCAGGCAGCAGAUCUUCUUCCUGCCAUCCAGAAUUCACUUCAGUAUGGAAUCGAAGCACAGAAUGAUACCACCAAAGGAGAUCAUCCAAUAAUGAUGGGUUUUGAACCUCUUGUUAACCAGAGGCUUUUACCUCCAACUUUUCCACGAUAUGCAAAAAUAAUAAAAAGAGAAGAUAUGGUCAACUAUUUUUCAAAGCUUAUUGAAAGAAUUAAAUCUGUGUGUGAAGUAGUCAAUUUAACAAACUUGCAUAGUAUUUUGGACUUUUUCUCUGAGUUCAGUGAACAGUCCCCUUGUGUUUUGUCUAGAUCAUUGCUGCAGGCAACCUUUCUGGUGGAUAAUAAGAAGGUGUUUGGAACACAUCUUAUGCAGGAUGUAGUGAAAGAUGCUUUAAGGUACUUUGUUAGUCCUCCAGUGCUUUCUUCUAAAUGUUCACUUUACAACAGCCAUCAGGCAAAGGACUAUAUCGACUCUUUUGUGUCUCACUGUGUCCGGCCGUUCUGCAGUCUGAUUCAGAUCCAUGGACACAACCGGGCAAGACAGAGAGAUAAACUGGGUCACAUUCUGGAGGAGUUUGCUACUUUGCAAGAUGAGGCUGAGAAGGUGGAUGCUGCCCUUCACAGUAUGUUAGUGAAGCAGGAGCCACUGAGACAGCACCUAGCUUGCCUUGGAACCUGGGUUUUGUACCAUAAUCUUUGCAUUAUGAUCCAGUAUCUCCUGAGUGGUUUUGAACUGGAGCUGUACAGCAUGCAUGAAUACUACUACAUCUAUUGGUAUCUGUCAGAAUUUCUUUAUGCGUGGUUGAUGUCUACACUCAGUCGGGCAGACAGCUCACAGAUGGCAGAAGAGAGAAUUAUGGAAGAACAGCAGAAAGGUCGCAGCAGUAAAAAGACAAAAAAGAAAAAGAAAGUGCGUCCACUGAGCAGAGAGACCUCCUUGAGUCAGGCUUACCAAAACAUGUGUGCUGGCAUGUAUAAGACCAUGAUAGCUUUUGAUAUGGAUGGAAAAGUGAGGAAACCAAAAUUUGAACUUGACAGUGAACAGGUGCGAUAUGAGCACAGGUUUGCCCCUUUUAACAAUGUCAUCACACCUCCUCCAGUACAUUACUUGCAGUUCAAGGAAAUGUCAGAUCUCAACAAGUACAAUCCUCCUCCUCAGUCUUCAGACCUCUACUUGGCAGCCAGUAAGCAUUUCCAGCAGGCAAAAAUGAUACUGGAGAAUAUCCCUAACCCAGACAAUGAGGUGAAUCGAGUCCUCAAGGUUGCAAAACCUAAUAUUGUAGUUAUGAAAUUAUUAGCAGGAGGUCACAAGAAAGAGUCAAAGGUCCCACCAGAAUUUGAUUUCACGGUACACAAAUAUUUUCCCAUUGUGAAGCUUGUUUGAGACAAACUGAAAAUGGACAAGAAUACUGCUGUCUGUCUGCAAGAUGCACCAUAUAAAAUGUUUGCUUUGUUGCAUCGUAUAGUGGCAAGUGUUUUGGUUUUGUUCGAUUUCUUUUUGUUGGACUAUCUUACUGGAAAUGUCAAAGCAGCCGAAAUAAAGAGAAAUGAACUCUUUUAAGACA